GAUGAGGCGACCACCAUGAAGGAUGACGUCAUCAAUGCCAACACGUUGGCUUGGCUGGUCUGCUCGGGCGUGUCCAUCUUGGCCAACACAUGGAGCAUCCUCAGCGUCAGCGCCAAGCAGAAGAAGUGGAAGCCGUUGGAGUUCCUUAUCUGCACACUGGCAGGAACACACAUCCUCAAUAUGGCCAUCCCCAUCACAAUGUACUGCGUCAUUACGCUGCGCCGUCAACACUCCAACUACGAGUGGAAUGAAGGCUUGUGCAAAGUUUUUGUAUCAACUUUCUACACUCUCACAUUGGUCACCUGCUUUUCUGUUACAUCACUCUCUUACCACCGCAUGUGGAUGGUACGCUGGCCUGUCAACUACAGGCUGAGCAACACCAAGAAGCAGGCGGUGCACACAGUGAUGGGGAUCUGGAUGGUCUCUUUCAUCCUGUCCACGCUUCCAGCGGUGGGCUGGCACGACACCAUUGACCGCUUCUACACCUCCGACUGCCGAUUCAUUGUGACAGAGAUCGGCCUGGGGUUUGGGGUUUGCUUCCUGCUCUUGAUUGGCGGUAGCGUGACUAUGGGUGUGAUCUGCAUCGGCAUUGCUCUCUUCCAGACCUUCUCCAUUCAGGCAGGCCAUAAAGCAGACAAGAACAAAUUCAAUGUUCCCACCAUUGUAGUAGAGGAUGCCCAGGGUAAGCGUAGAUCCUCCAUCGAUGGGUCAGAACCUCUCAAGACUUCGCUGCAGAUCACGUAUCUGAUCAGCGGAAUUGUCUUCAUCUAUGACUUCCUCACAGGCUUCCCCAUACUGGUAGUGAGUUUUGCCAGCCUGAAGUUUGAGCGGUCUUACAACUGGAUGGUUCUGUGUGUGCUCUGGUGCUCCAUUGUGCAGUCCAUCUUGCUGCCCAUGUUCCUGUGGGCCUGUGAUCGCUAUCGGGCCGACAUCCGCAUGGUGUGGGACAAGUGCGUGGCCAUCAUGUCCAACGAUGAGGUGGACGAGGAAAACAGCCAAGAUGGAGGAAAUCAUGUCGACUUAAUAUAUGACAGACCAUAUGACUAUAGCUCUGCGCCUGAAAUCGUGACCGUAGACCGUAAUGCCAAGUAUGAGUUCUCAACCUUAGAAAGGGGGGUCCCGCAAGGGUAUCCAGUGAGGGAACAGCAGGAAGAUAAAAUGCAGUAUUUGCAGGUGCCCCCUACAAGAAGAUACUCCCACGACGAAACCGACAUGUGGACCAGCGACCGGAUCCCCCCCUCCUACCUCCAGCGGUGGGGCUCCAGCGAGGACAUGAUAGUGAGUGGCCACUACAGCUCCACCUUACCGCGCCGCGAGAGGCGCAGGAACAGUCUGGUCUCCUUCCCCGAGGAGAGCCACCACCAUCACCACCAUCACCAUCAUCACCGGCACCUCCAUCGCAAGCGGCGACGCUCUGAGGACACGCACUCCCUCAAGCACCUGCCGCGUGUGGUAUGCGGCGCCUACGACUAUCACGAUGAUGACCUGCGCUGCUUCAGCCGCGACGAGGUCAUCAACUUUAUUGAUGAGACGCCACUGCCGAGCCCCAGGAAGAGCCCGCGACGAGCGUCCUGCACAGUCGCUCUCAUCCCCAGCGUGUAUGAGCGUCACGCCGUCAUCCUGCCUCACUUUCCGCUCACAGACUUUGAACGUGAACCUCAAGCGCUCCGGCGCCUCUCAGAACACAAAAGCUCUCCCGACGGUAUUGGUGGUCAUAGGAGCUCCCUGAAAGAGGGUCGGCAGGCGGGCUCGCCCGCAGCGGUGACUCAGCGGACUCCACCUGGUUGUAGGUCCAGGAUGGCUGCAGCGGCCGACUGGGCCCAGCACAAGCAGCCAAGCUUGGGGGAGAGUGAUAAGGGAGGCACAAACAGUUUUGUAAGCACACUAUCAGCAUCUUCUUCGGGAUAUAUGUCUGUUCACCCGGAUUCUGUUGGCUCCGCUUCCUAA